CCUGGUGUCGAAAGCAUAGAUCCAAACCCGGGAGUGACUGAGGGAGGCUGGGACAGGGAAAAACACCCAUUUCAACUCCUCGUACUCCUCGGCCAGGGUCAGCAUCUCUCCGAGCUCCAUCUGCAGCCCCCUCUCUUCUCUUCUCUUCCAGCAUGUCUCUGUCCGGCACGCAGACGCCAGAGGACGGCCUCUAUGGGUCCUGGGUGGAGCUGGAGGAGCUGAUCGCAGCCGUGAGCCGAAGGGAAAGUCUGACAGGGCCACAGGACAGCAUGUCCUCUACCCUGCAGGGGGAGCUGGAGAGGAUCCUGCUGGAGGCACAGCUGGAGUGCGAAAGAAUCAAAGACAGUCCACCACAGGCGGUGACUCCACAGUCCACUGGUUCCCCAAGACCAGGCAGUGAACAGGACAGUGACUGUGUCCCCAUACAGGAGGAACCUGACAGGAGAGCGGACGCAGAGUGGGUGUGGGACUGGUCCAGCAGACCUGAAAAUAUGCCUCCAAAAGAGUUUGUGUUUCAGCACCCGAAGCAGCCGAGCUCCCUCAGUGUUAGAAACACAGAGGUGAUGAAGAGAGGAAUCUUCUCUUCCGAUGUUCUCCUCAUUCUUGUUCCCUCACUUUUGGCUUCGCACCUGCUCACGCUUGGAGUCGGGAUCUACAUUGGAAAGCGAUUGGCUGCUUCUACAACCAGCACACUGUGACACUGGCUGUAGGCCAGCGUUCCUGUUUGCUAACCAUCUGUACAAUAAGGUCACAGUCUGCCCUCUCUCCUGCAUUAGUUUGCCUCCUUCCUUUGUCAUGGGGCAAACAUAGGACCUUGCCCGUCCGUACCUCUGUCUCUUUGUUCAUCUGUCUAUCCAGCAGUGAUCUGUCUUUUAUGUCAGCCGUUUCUGUUUUUUUGUCAGUCUGUACAUGUCGUAGGGCCUAGGGAGCGGAUGGAUGUUGACCAAUGAGUCAGACUGAGGUCACCAUUACUCUCUUGGCGAGUAAUACUGAUCUCAAGCAGCUAAAGCAUAAUUAGAGGGAGAGAUUGCCCAGUUACAAGAGGAAAGAGAGCAAGAGAACAAUAAAUCCCUUUGAUAAGGAGAGAUGAAAAUGGUUUUGUUGGGAACAGAUUGUUCCGACAAAAUGAGGUAGGUAAUAUGUGGUAGCCAUUCUCGUAACCUCUGAAAAAGCAAAGUGUCUAUCAUUUGUCAAAAGUAAUGAGUCUGUAAGUCCGUGCUGCUAAAAGUGGCUCUCGGGUUUUUGUGCACCCUGAUGGGGAAUCUAACAUAGAAACUUUUAGUUGGCUGAGUGAAUGUAGGAAUGGUUCUGAUUGUGCUUUUUGUCCCAUAAACCAAUUAAAUGUUUGACCCCGACGAUCACGAUCCCAGUAAAUUUCACUCCUCGAAAUCUUAA